AUGACCGGUGCGUUGAAGGCAGCAUUCCAAGUAUGGGAGCACACCGCAAGCCAGACGAAUGUGCCGCCGAGCUCAAGUGCACCACCAGCAGCGAUCGAUGGGCCAUACACCCUCACUUUCGGCAAGCACGCAGGCAAACGUCUGGAAGAAGUUCCAGAUGACUAUAUCGCAUGGCUGAAGGCUGGCGAGAUGAUCAACACCAACGCCGCGUUAAAGGCAGCAGUCCAAGAAUGGGACACGAUACCGCGCGUGUACCACCUCUGCUUUGGCAAGUACAAAGGUCGCACUCUCGACGAAGUCCCCCCAACUUACCUCAACUGGCUGCAUGAUUUCGGCGCUGAGGAAGGACACGACGAUCUCCGCCAGGCUCUGAAAGCGCAAAAGGAGCAGAAUGCCGCGUUGCAGGUCUCCAGUGUGCAAAAUAGUAGCACGGGACCCAAGGGGAGGAAGAAGAAGCCUUUCAAGGUUCCAUCUGCCACGACGUUGGAUUAUCGGAGGUACUAUUACCAUGGCGACAAACGGGGUGGGCAGAUGUGGAUCGGCUGCAACGAUUGUGUGCGAUAUUUCGGCGCGGACCCGAAAGCUAUGGCGGCCGCGGGCUUGCAUCCUUUCCAGAGAGGUCAGCGGUUCUGGGUGCAUCAGGUGUUUGCGUACGCGAAGUACUUUGGGACCACCAAGAACGAGACGCCGACGCAGGCGUUGAACAAGUUCAAGGCCAAGAACCACAGGAAAGACGGCACAUCGUUACCACCUAGAAGACCACACCAGUGGGGUACUGGCGAAGUUCCUGAGCUGCCUUGA